AUGGCAGAUGAGUUGCGCAUAGUUGGCUCCCAUUGCACUUGGUCGAAUAAACAAGAGGCUGGGGCUAGAAUAUUCUCCAAAUUGGAUAGGGUGUUCAAAAAUGAACCUUGGGUGGAUAUUUUUCCUCAUUCUGAAGUCUUGACUAAUUGGGAUGUCGUAUCUGAUCAUUGCUACUGCAUCAUUAAAUCCUUGCAUGCUUAUGUUUCCUGGAUUAAACCUUUUAGAUUCUAUAACAUGUGCGCUGAGCAUGCUGAAUUCAGAGAAACUGUGAUGAAUAGCUUGCCCAAGCCUUCACAAGCUCAUGGUUUUGUGCGAAUUCUGAGGAAAUUGGAUAGGCUCAAACAUGUUCUUCAUAAGUUCAAUAAAAGGACGGUUGGCGAUGUCACUCACAAUUAUUCAGUAGCUAAAGAUCAUUAUCAACAAGCUCAGUUUAAUCUUCAACAGAACCCUCAUUCAGCUAAGCUCCAACACGCUGAAAGGUCUGCUUGUAUGGAUUUUACUUGUCAAUCCAGAAUUUAUGAAAGUUUGCUUAGGAAAAGAAGCAAGAUCACCUGGCUUCGAUUUGGAGAUGAAAAUACUGCCUACUUUCACCCCUGUCUUAAGCAGAGGAAAGCUGCCAAUUGGAUCACCUCUUUUAUGGAUGAUCAAGGUCAGCUAAAUGAUAUGGUUGAGGAUGUUGUUGCUCAUUUCAUUAACCAUUUUAAAAGCUUCAUGGGCAGUCCUAGUUCGGCCUCCUCUCCCGUUAAGAAAGCUUGUUUUAUUCAUGGUGGAACUUUGAGCCGAGAUCAACAACUGAGUUUACUAAAAUUAUUUACCUAG